AUCUGCAAUCUGCAGCUCCAUCCAAGCGUCUCGUAUAAUCUCCCCUCGUGCCUCGAGCCCGCACCGGUCAGUCGGCAGAAGCCUUCAACUUCUCCUCGCCACUCAAGUAACGUCGUCCUCUUCUGAACAUCUCCUGGGCAGUUCGCCGUACUUGCCAUGUCUUCUCUCGUUAAGAAAGGUUUCCAGCUCGGCAAAGCUGUGUACGCCACCGUCAAUGAAGAGUUGAAUAAACAGUCUCAUAAGCCUCAUCAGUCGCAUCAAGGCAACUAUGCGCCGACUCAAAUUCCUGGGACGUACACUGCCCAGGGACAAGGUCCUCCGCUUCCUCCACGACCUGUGUCGAGCACACCAAGCCCGCAUAGCUAUGGAGCACCUCAGGGCUACGGUCCACCUCCAGGAUACGGUCCUCCAUCGGGCGCUCUCCAAAGUGCGCAUACACCACCAGCAAACUCGCCAUAUACUCACCCGAGCCACCCUCCCCAUGCGCAAUCGCCGCAUAAUCAACCGAGUCAUAUCCCAACCCAACCUCCAGUACACAAUCACAGUGCGUAUACCUCGCCAUACUCUACUCAUCAACCUCCUACGCCGGGAACAGGCCAGCCACACGUGCAGAUGGCGCCCCAGACGACCGGCACGAUUCUGUCCGGAUCGUCUGCGACAGGAACUCCAACCCAAUGGACGCCUGCUUCUCCUCCGCCAACAGCCGUGAGCCCUCUCGUGCCACACAAUCCAUAUUCUCCUCCGCCACAUUCCAAUGCGCCCACACAGCCUGUUGCAUCGCCUCACACGGCGCCUCCAGUAUCUUCUGCACACGUAUAUCCUCUCCAGCAUGGCCCCCAUGCACCGAGCCCUCCCCUCUCACCACCACCACCGGUAGUUUCACCUCCGCUAACCUCGCCAUACGGUCCGCAAAAUACGGCUCCUCUCUCGCCCGCUAUGUCUCCUUCCUCAUUACAUAAUAGCAACUACCCAGCACAUCAUCCAAAUAUACAUGCGCCAAGUGCUUCGUCCGGAUUCCCACCGCAGCCUGGACCUAUGAACCAACCUUUGCCUGCCCCUCAUGUCCAGACGCCAACAUCUCCAGUAUCUACCGUACCGUCUCAAAUACCCCACCCUCCAGCGUUUGUGUCCGAGCUACCUGCAUUUACCGAACCUAGACCUCCCCCAUCAACGUACUCAAUGCCAGAGGGAGUGGCAGAGUUGCCAGCAGAAUUGCCAGCAGAGCCAGACACGACGUCUGCUUCUGCUGCGGCUCCAGCGCAAACUUUAACUCACCCCUCUCCAACUGCAACACCUCCUGCUAUUCCUGCUUCUGCCAUCACUCAAAGCAACUCAGUAGAGCAGCCGAAACCUGUGCAUCCACCAAUUCAACAUCUUGAGCACUUUCCUCAAAACCAGGCGCACAACCCACAAGAUAUUUCAUCAUCGUCAGCCCCAGACUCCCAAACUCCCCCAACGGGCAGUUACCAGCCCUAUCACCCGCCCCAUGCUGCGCUAAAUCCAGAGCAUGCUCCAACACCUCCGUACAAUUCUCAAGCUGGCUAUGUGCCCUACUCGCCAAGUCCUAGCCAAUAUGGACCUCAGCCUCCAGCUCAGACUUAUUUGAACUCGUCAGCACAACAUCCAGGGGUGCCGCAGAAGAUGGGUUCACUGGCCCAGAAGAUACAGCAGAUGAACAUCAGCAACCCCCAAUAGUAGUACUUAUAUCAAUCCACGGUGUCGUUAGAUACAAAGACAUCUUAGGGUCCUGCAAUGGGACAGCAAGUUUUGAAUAGCUAUGCACCCGCUGGUCCUCAAUUGCCCCAUGGGCCCCAAAAAUAUUCUCUCGAGACAAUGGUGAUAAAGUUCUUGGACGGUACGAGAUAGCCUUUUAUUGAAUGGCGUUAUGAUACCCGAUAAAACAUGUAGGGUGAAUUUUUGUCAAUGGC